GCCCGCGAGGCCGCACGUCGCGCGGACCAUGAGGCAGGGGACGCGCUCGCGGCCCCGCACGCCCUGGCGCUGGGCACUGGCACUGCUGGCCCUGGGCGGCGCGGGGCUGUGCCACGCCGGUCCGCAGCCCCGGUCCCCCGCGCGCCCCAGCGCCAGGAGCAGGAACUGGUGCGCCUACAUCGUGCCCAGGAACGUGAGCUGCUCGGUGCGGGAGGGCAGCGAGAGCUUCAUUCAGGCGCAGUACAACUGUCCCUGGAGUCAGAUGCCCUGUCCGUCGGCGCUGGUGUACCGUGUGAAUUUCAGGCCCAGAUAUGUCACCAAGUUCAAGACGGUGACACAGCUGGAAUGGAGGUGCUGCCCCGGCUUCAGAGGGGGAGAUUGCCAAGAAGGUCCCAGAGAGCCGGGGAAGUCUCCGCACCCCACCUCUGCUCCACGCAGCAACAUGAAGAAAGCCUCAGACAUUGAGCCAAGUCCAAUCUCAGAGCCCAAGAAGACUUUGUCAUCAAGUGGUACAACAGAGCCAAGUCAAACAGUAGAUCCAAAACAGGGACCCCAAGAACUUCAGGACAAGAAAAUCCAGGUACUUGAGGAGAAGGUUCUCAGACUCACAAGGACAGUUCUGGAUCUCCAGUCUUCCAUUGCUGGAGUGAACGAAAACCUCAAACACACAGUUCAAGAUGAUCCCAGCAAAACGCCCUCAUGGCUCAGUAGCCUUCACCACCAACCAGGAACUGUGUCCAUCAGUGGAGACACAGACACGACUCCUCUUCCUGAGAUCCCCAGUAAGGAAUCUGGCAUGAGUGACAUUAAGUCUGAAUUGGCUGAAGUCAAGGAUGCUCUAAAGACCAAGAGUGAUAAGCUGGAGGAGCUGGAUGGGAAAGUAAAAGGUUACGAAGGGCAGCUCAAACAGCUCCAGGAGGCGGCCCAGGGCCCUACAGUGACCAUGACAACCAGUGAACUCUACCAAUCCUAUGUAGACAGCAAGAUCAAUGCCUUGAGAGAAGAGCUCAUAGAGGGAAUGGACAGGAAGCUGGCAGAUCUGAAAAACUCCUGUGAGUACAAGAUGAUCGGUCUCCAACAGCAGUGUGACGACUAUGGGAGCAGUUACCUGGGAGUCAUCGAGCUUAUAGGAGAGAAGGAAGCAAACCUGAAAAAAGAAAUCAGUGAACUUCGAGCCCAGCUGCAGAAUCCUCCAGCCCAGCCAAAUUGCUGUGACAGCAAAAAAAGUACUGAUUUCGCACAACAGAUCCAGAUGUUAGAUCAAAAAAUUGAAAGAGUUGCUGAGGCCACCAGAAUGUUGAAUGGACGACUGGACAAUGAGUUUGACCGCCUCACAGUUCCAGAGCAAGAUGUGGAUUUAGAUGCCAGGUGGAAUGAGCUAGAUGCACGGAUCAACGUGACAGAGAAGAAUGCAGAGGAACACUGCUUUUACAUAGAAGAAACCCUGCGGGACACCAUUAAUGGAGAAGUCGAUGUCUUGAAGCAGCUUCUGGAUGAGAAGAUACAGUCUCUGGAGGCGCGUUUGGGGAAUGUGCUGGAGCUGGCCAACAGCACUGACGAAGCCUUCCCUCUGCCGGCCCCUGCCGGCCCGGGUGUGUCAGAAGCUGGGAAUGAGCAGGUUAUAGUGGAAUUGAAUCAUCUGAAGAACAAAGUGCAAGUGGUCGAGGAUAUUUGCCUGCAGAACUUCCCUGGGAUAGAUACUUGGCUAACUGGAGAAGACCAUACAACAAAUGACCACUCAGGCCUUUUGAAAUCACUGAACGACACCAUGUAUGGGAAGUUUCGAGAAACAGAACUCAGUAUCCAGAAACUCCAGCGUGAUUUUCAUUUUCUUUAUUCUCUACUAAACCACACAGAAGAUGGUCUGCCUCCUCUUCAGGUGGGAGCCGGCACAGAAAGUUCCAACACUGGAAUGGGUGGGUCUUCUAAGGCAGGCAAGCCAGGAAGGACGAUGGCACCCCUCCCGUCUCCCCAGGACUCCACAGCUCAUUGUUGUGACCAGUGGGAGGAGAGGUGGCAGCAGCUGCAGAGCCACGUCCUCUCUGAGCUGGACACUUGUAAGGAAAAUGCGCAUGGCGCCCAAAGGGAGGUCUCUGUGGUUGAGGGCAAGCUUUCUCAGCUGGAGAAAACCUGCAGCAAAUUGGACAACAUCUCGGGAAGUCUCCAGAGGAUCAAGGAAGGCCUCAACAAGCAUGUUAGUAGCCUGUGGAGCUGUGUCAGGCAAAUGAAUGGGACAUUGCGGGCCCAUAACAGAGAUAUUUCUGGCCUGAAGAAUUCUGUCCAGCAAUUCUAUAGCCAUGUUUUCCAAAUUUCUACUGAUCUGCAAGAUCUGAUCAGAUUUCAACCAUCAUCAACAGAUGAGCCCUCAGAAGACCCCGAGAUGCCGCCUUCAGGGAAGUCUCCACCAGGCUCCAAGAGGCCCCCGGACCCGGCGCUGCCCGAGACUUCCACGACACCAGCCCACCCAAACCUGAGCCCGUCUGCUGAGGACCCUGAGGAACAGCUACCCCCUGGGCAGCAGCCGGCCCAGCCCGGGAGGCCCCCGCGACCACUGCCCCCACCAGUCUGGCCUGGCUGGACUGGGCUGGCCUUCCUGCCUGGCUCCUCGGGGGACACCCUGGAGACGGGAGAGGCCGGUCCCCCGGGGAGGAUGGGCAUGUCGGGGAAGGGCCUGCCGCAGGGCACUGGUGGCCAGACGGGCCAGGGGACUGUCCCCAGCGCAGAGGGCUAUGCUGGAGCCCCAGGGUACCCCAAGUCGCCACCCAUGGCCUCACCAGGCCUUCCAGAACCUUCUGCAGUCGCCUUCUCAGCUGGCCUGACCCAGAAGCCCUUCCCCAGUGAGGCAGGCGUCGUUCUCUUUAACAAGGUGCUUGUGAACGACGGCGACAUGUACAACCCUGACACAGGGGUCUUCACAGCUCCGUUUGACGGACGCUACCUGAUCACGGCCACCCUCACGCCCGAGAGGGACACCUAUGUGGAGGCCGUGCUGUCUGUCUCCAAUGCCAGCGUGGCCCAGCUGCACACGGCCGGCUACAGGAGAGAGUUCCUGGAGUACCACCGCCCUCCUGGGGCUCCGCACACUUGUGGGGGCCCUGGGGCCUUCCACCUGAUCGUGCACUUGAAGGCAGGAGAUGGCGUCAACAUCGUGGUGACCGGGGGCAGGCUGGCCCACACAGACUUCGAUGAAAUGUAUUCCACGUUCAGCGGGGUCUUCCUGUACCCUUCCCUUCCCCACCUCUAGGCAGCUGGCAGAAUGCAGAAGCUUUAAUAUAUUCCCAUCAUGGAGAUAACUGGAGCACUGGUCUAGCUUCGGGCAGACAACCCAGCCCGCCCCUAAGACGGAAAGGCCUGAGCUGACCGCUGAGCCCCAGCCGGCCACACAGAAGAGCCAGAGUGGCCCUGGCCUGGGAGCUGGCCUGGGGGCCAGGGCCGGGGAAGGGAGGGGACA